AUGGCGGCGAAGCAGGAGGCUCCCAUCCCUCUGACAGUGGGCAGCACGCAAACGGGUCUUACCCCGAGCCAAGACAGGGUCUUUUCAGGCAUUGAGCCAGCGCAGCAGGGGGAAACAUCUCCCGCCCACAGACCACCGGAAGAAUGGGGACCAUGCACCGGAGCAAAGAAUCGGAGAGCCGCGGACCCGCCGGUCGCCCAACCACCACCCAGAUCGUACCAAGCAGCAGCAGGCGCUCACACAGGACACACACCCUUACGAGAUAAAGCAGAGUAG